UAUCAACAAUGUUUGAAGCUAAAAGCAUAAACGCUGAGCACAAAGACCUAAUUCAUGAUGUUGCUUACGACUAUUAUGGUCAGCGAAUGGCAACAUGCUCUAGUGACCAAUCAGUAAAGGUUUGGGACCAAGAUGAACAAAAGAACUGGAUUUUGUCUGCAAACUGGAAAGCUCACAGUGGCUCAGUGUGGAAAGUGACUUGGGCCCACCCUGAAUUUGGACAAGUCCUUGCAACCUGUUCGUUUGAUCGGACAGCUGCUAUUUGGGAAGAAAUAAUUGGAGAGACACCACCUCAAGGAGAGAGAGGCUUGAAAACAUGGAUUAGAAGGACUAAUCUCGUAGACUCAAGAACAUCUGUGACAGAUGUUAAAUUUGGUCCUAAAUCUCUAGGGCUUCAACUUGCAACGUGUUCAACAGAUGGUGUCAUUCGUAUUUACGAAGCUCCUGAUGUAAUGAAUCUUAGUCAAUGGACACUUCAACAUGAAAUUCAAUGCAAGCAGCAAUGCAGCUGCCUAACGUGGAGUCAUUCGUUUUCAAGGUUACACCCUCCUAUGAUAGCAGUUGGUAGUGAUGACAACAACCCUGCAAAUGGUAGUAAAGUAGCAAUUUAUGAAUACAGUGGAAUUAGAUGGACCAAAACAGAAUCAUUAGCUUCUAUUGGAAUCAAUGAACCAGUGCAUGAUAUAGCAUUUGCACCCAAUCUUGGCAGAAGCUAUCAUCUCCUGGCCAUUGCCACCAAGGAUGUACGAAUAGUGACCUUGGGCUCUCCUCCGGAAGGAUCAUCACAAAGAUUUGAUGUGCAGCUCACUGCUCAACAAGAAGACAACUUAUCAGGAACUGUUUGGCGGGUGUCCUGGAAUAUUCUUGGGACAAUACUGGCAUCCUCUGGAGAUGAUGGUUGUGUUAGGUUGUGGAAAGCAAAUUACAUGAACAGUUGGAAAUGCAUUGCUGUUCUACGAGGGGAUGGAACACAAGCCAAAAGUGAUACAAGUACCUCAAGUAUGCCCACUAUGGGACAGAUUGCUGCCCCAAAUCAAAGUUCAACUACCAGGUACUACAAAUUGGGCACAAUUACAAACCCUAACCAGGUGCCCAAGUACUAGUUGUAGGCCUUGCCUAGAUAGGAUCCCACUGUGCAUUCUGUGCCGCAAGUUAUUUUCAAUAUUUUCCUGUUGUGGCAAUGCUUAUGGCCUUUCUGACUUGGUCACAUUGUCCUGAUGUUUACAGCUAUAGUUCAAGCUGCUGUUGUCUUCAUGUUUGCAUUCCCAUCCUCUGUAACCUAACUGCCAUGUUUAAUUGGUUGCCUCUUCAGUUCUGUUUUAGUUUAGUUUCUGCUCCAAUAAUCUAUUAGAUGCUUAUCUUACAUGUUUAUACUUAUUUUUGUGUGCGACUUCGAAUCAAACUUUUGCAUGCACACUUUAUAAUUGGGACAAGCAAGCACACAUUGUGUACAUUUUUAUAGUUUUUUUUUAAAUCAUCUGGUUGGUAACCUUCCCUUUCAUUUCUUUUUGUGGCAGAAGUCAAUUACUUGAGGGUAUUUCUCUCUGCUUAGUUAGGAUCAUAUUUAAUGUCUGAAUGAAUUUCUAUCUAUGAAAUUAUGAACUAUUUUUGAACUGUAUAUGGUACAAAUCUAAAAUAAUUCUACUUCUUGUUAGCUUGGCAUAUAAUCAAUGAAAAUGCGAUAUAUAAAAUUCUCUUCUGGCCAAGAAAAAGAAAAGAGAAAGUUUGAAACCAAGUUAGAAACAUCUCAGCCUGUUAGAAAUGUCUUCAGUGCUUUGGAAUAAAAGUAGUUUAAAUACUCCA